AUGCUCAAAGACGGUAUUGAGUGUGACCAGGUUCCUGAUAUACGUACUGAAAUUCCGUCACCGGAUAUAGCUCAUGCGUACCAUCAUUUGAGAGACAUUGCUGAUUUCAUUCCUGACAUUAAUGAUAAUGCAGAUAUAAUGUUGCUAAUAGGUAGAGACUUAUUGAAAGCUCAUCAUGUCAUUGACCAACGAUUAGGUACAGAGCAUUGCCCAUUUGCACAAAAACUCUUCUUGGGAUGGGUAAUAAUUGGUGAGAGUUGUUUGUCCGCUACGCAUGUACAACAGGAUUCCGUAUCAGUAUAUAAAACUUUCACAUUGAAGGAUGGCCGUACAACUACAUUAGAACCAUGUAAUAAUAACUGUAACGCCAAAGAUGGUUAUAUAUUCCAGACAACUCCUGAUGAUAAUAUUCCUGGACUCUCAAUUUUGGACAAAGAAUUUCUUGCACUUAUGGAACAAGAAAGUUACAAAGAUGAGGAAGGUUGUUGGACAGCUCCACUACCUUUUAGGCGGGACAGAGUAAGGCUUCCCAACAUUAGAAUGCAGGCUCUCCGACGAGCAAAGUCACUGGACUAUAAUCUACAAAAGCACCCGGAAAAACAUUCCCAUGUUUAUGAAUUUAUGGGUAAAUUACUUACAAAUGGUCAUGCUGAAGUUGCUCCUCAAAUCACAGAACAGACUGAGUGUUGGUACUUACCACUUUUCGCUAUUUAUCAUUCGAAGAAACCAGGGAACAUAAGGUGCGUUUUUGACUCUUCAGCCAAAUUCAAUGAUAUAAGUCUCAAUGAUGUUCUACUGAGCGGACCCGAUCUAGUGAAUAGCCUUCUUGUGAUACUACUAAGAUUUCGACAACGUGCAGUUGUUAUCACAGCCGAUAUUGAACAGAUGUUUUAUAGGUUUUCAGUCCCACCAGAACAACGAAACUACUUAAGAUUCUAUUGGCACAAAGACAACGAUCCAAAGAAUGAAAUGAUAGAAUAUCGAAUGACUAGACAUGUCUUUGGGAACAAGCCAUCUCCGGCUGUCGCCACUUUUGGCUUUAGAAACUGUGUUAAAACAGCUGAACAAGAUGUGCGUGACUUUGUAGAACGCAACUUUUAUGUGGAUGAUGCAUUGUGUUCCUUUGAUACUAGUGUUGAAGCAGUUGAUUUAAUUACUCGAACAAAGAAAAUUCUGAAGGAAGAAGGUAACAUUCGCUUACACAAAAUUUCAUCUAAUAAUUUGGAAGUUAUUAAAUCUUUUUCACCAGAGGAUCUUGCAAAAGACUUAAAGAAUAUAAAUUUGGAUCUGAAUGAGGCCCCACUUCAGAGAAGCCUUGGUGUUCAGUGGGACAUGUCCAAGGACUGCUUUACUUUUAGGGUUUCGCAACUAAAUUCAACAUCAAAACCAUUCACAAAACGUGGUGUGUUGGCAACAAUAAAUGGUUUAUAUGAUCCAAUGGGUUUUGUUGCACCUAUAACUGUAGCCGGAAAGAUUAUUAUGCGUGAUAUUAUGGCCUUACACACUGACUUAUACGCGUCAAAAGAUGGUAUUGGUGCUGUCGCAUAUUUGAAACUUUAUGAUGUCAACGGAGUGUCUCAACUAGCCUUUGUUCAGGGAAAGGCAAAGGUUGCUCCUACUCAUGGGCAUACCAUUCCCAGGUUAGAAUUAUGUGCCGCUGUAUUAGCAAUAAAUCUUAAAGACUCAGUAACUAGACACUUAACUUUGGAAAUUAACUCUACAUUCAUGUACACUGAUAGUAAGAUAGUCUUGGGCUAUAUCAAUAAUCAACAGAGACGUUUUUAUGUUUACGUUGGAAAUCGUAUAGAUAUGAUCCGUCAGUCAACCAGUCCAAGUCAAUGGUCAUACGUACCGUCCGAAGAUAAUCCAGCUGAUACAGCCACCAGAUCUAUUUCUGCUAGAGAUAUAAGCACUAGUGAAUGGCUCUUAGGACCAUCAUUUCUUAUGAAAGGAAGUGAAUCUAAAUUUUAUCAUACAGAAAGUUUUUCUAUGAUAACUCUAGAUGAUGACAAAGAAGUAAGGCCUUUGUUAGAUACAUGUAAAACUAACUCAAGUGAUAAAGAAGUGAAAUCUGAUACAGAAUUUGUGAAAAUCUUUGAGUCAUUUUCUAGUUGGUCCCGCUUAGUUAAAACGAUUGCAAGACUCCGACAUAUUGUCAAAUCAUUCAGUCAACCCAACGGUCAAUGCAAAGGAUGGCAUAUGUGUGCACUAAGUAGUGAUGAUUUACGUGAUGCGGAGAAAUUCAUAUUGAAGGAAGCACAACUCGAAUACUUUUCUAAAGAAAUCAAGUCCCUCAAGGAGGGGAGAAAUGUCUCAUCUGGAAGCUCAAUUAUUUCUCUGUCGCCUUUACUUGAUGAAAAUGGUAUUCUUUGUGUAGGAGGACGAUUAAAUGUAGGCAAAAAAUGUACAAUUAAUUCAGACAGGAAUCCAGUGCUUGUUCCGAAGAAAAGCCACAUUUCAUUAUUGCUUAUUAGACACUUUCAUGAAUUGGUUCACCACCAAGGAAGACAUGUAACUGAAGGGAAGAUUCGUUCAGUAGGGUACUGGAUUAUAGGUUGUAAAAGAAUGGUUGGAACUUGUAUUCAUAACUGUGUUACAUGCAAGAAACUACGAGGUCUCUUUGGAACUCAAAUUAUGUCAGACUUACCUGAAGAUAGGAUCACACCUAGUCCACCUUUUACUUUUGUAGGUGUCGAUACUUUUGGACCCUGGAACGUGAUAGCAAGACGGACAAGAGGUGGUCAGGCAAACCACAAGAGAUGGGCGAUAUUAUUUACUUGUUUAGUAAUUCGUGCCAUACAUAUUCAUUGA